AUGAAAUACUUGAGGAGUCCGAGCGAUCCUUUGGAUAAAUUUCAAAAAUCAGUAAGUCUUAAUACUUUUUGUGUAUGUUGCAUAAUAAUUGGGGGCUGCUUGUUUGUAUGGGGUGAGCUAGCUAAUCAUCCUAACUUGGACCUGAGAGCAAAGCCGAAUUGCGAAGGUCGCAGCUAAACCCGAUCGAGUCAAAGGCUUUCUAAGGGUGCCUAUGGCAGCCACUUUAUGACAGCCACUUUAUGACUCAUGUCUGAUCAUGGAACACUAGUCACAGUAGAAGGUAGGAAUGUUCGGUAUGAGAAAUUUCCGGUAUCGGUAGGUAGGAAUGUUCAGUAUGAGAAAUUUCCGGUAUCAGUAGGCAGGAAUGUUCGGUAUGAGAAAUUUCCGGUAUCGGUAUACCGAAAAAAUUACACCUAUAUUAUCGGUAUACCGGUUUUCCUUUGAUAAUUAUAAAGGAAAAUUCUUUAAUGGAAAUUUGAAGGAAAUUUUGAGUAAUUCUAGAAGGGAAAACGAUAAUUUUGAAGCUACUUCGAAAUCUAAAUCAUUUCAGUAGAAAGUUCUUUGAAUUGCCAUUCAGUAGUAAAAUAAAGGUUAUGGUUUUGCCAUAUAGUUGGUAAAUGUAACACGGUAUACUGAAAAAUUCCGGUUUAUCGGAAAUUUUGGUAAUUUUGGUAUAUCGGUAUUGCUGAAUAUCCGGUAUCGAUAUACCGAUAUUGAUUUAAUACCGAUAUUUUUGGUAUAUCGGUAUACCGAACAGUCCUAGUAGAAGGGUCAGUUGGGGGGCUAAUCCCAACCCACCCUGUCAACAUUCCCUGUGGAAGGAAACCCACAACUUUCGGUAGAGCGUUGACUGACUAAGUUUCAUGAGUCCGCAGCAAGAAUCGAACCCAUGCACAAUCUCAGAAGUGUAAGGCGCUAGUGAUGCACCGAUAUCAGGGCUCGAAACUUGCGGUAUCCCGAUAUCCACAGGAUAUCAGAUUUUAAUUUUGGAUACUGGGUAUCAUAAGCUCAGUAUCCCAACUGGAUACUAGGAAAACUUAGAAAUUGCGAUAGUAGAUAAUCAUCUAGACGUUUGGCAUGUUUCCGAACUUCAAUGUCUACGGAUUUUGGCAGAAUAUUUAAAAAAAAAAAUUUUCACAAAUGGUGCUUUCUUUCGUACUGCCGCAGUGUGUUAUUUUCAAUUUUUUCGAAUUUCAAUACAUAUUUUUAUUAUUGAAACUAAAGGCCUGGUUUUUGCUCAGCAACUGAAGGCCUGGUUGCAAGGUAAAAUUUUGCCUUGCUUAGAUACUGGAAAUAGAAUAUCUAGUAUCCAAAUCUGGGUUACUAUAUUUCAAGGAUGGAUACUAGAUUCUAUGAUGCUGGUAUCCACUUGGAUACUGAUAAAAAUUUCAAGUUUUGAGCCCUGCGAUAUGGAAAUUCCCCCGAUAGCCGAUAUUGAAGGGCCGAUAUUUUGCGCAAGCAUGAUACCGAUAUUGUAUGUCAUUUCACAAAAUUCAAAGAUGACAUCAUGACACUUUUACUUUAAUACUUUUGAAUUUAAUUCAAUUCAUUUGUUUCUAAAUAACUGAAAAUAUCAAAUGAAAUGCUGCCAGUGCAUUCAACAAACCAGUAUAUAACUAUGUCAGUGACUAUUUGUAAUAAAAAUAACUAUUGAACUGCAACUAUGACCAAUCAUUAAUAUUUAAUAACAGUUUGUAAUAUCAGUAAUACAUGGCUGCAAAUAAAUAUUUGUCUUGACAGGACAUUUGUCCGACCACUUUUAAUUUUGAUCGGACAUAACUUGAAUUUGGUCGGACAUAUAUAUAUAUAUACGUCACAAGAUAUAUAUAAGGCACAAGACAAGUAUGUAUAGACAUUCCGGCGCAACAUUAAGUAAAAUGCUAAAAUGCCUCGUAAAUUGUAUUGCAAAAUGCAAAUUGAGUGAAUUUGCAAUCGGAUUUUGUCACGGCAAAAAAAUGUAUAAUGUGACAAUAUAUUUUUUUGAUCGGCCCAAUAUCCGAUCAAAAUUACUUUUGCUCGGACAUUUUCCAAAUUUAGUCAGACAUUGUCCGAUGUCCGACAGUAAUUUGCAGCCCUGGUAAUAUCAAUAACAAGAUUAAGUUCUUUGUAGGAUUGCAUGGUGAUAAAACAUAUAAUAUUAUACUUUUUGUUUGUGGAAACACCACGUAAAUUAUAAAAGUCACUGAUAUUUCUAUUAAGCCGAUACGAUACACCGAUAUGGAUAUCGGCGCAUCACUAAAAGGUGCUAAAUGGACUGAUAAUUGCACCACCGAAACCUCUUGCCCACCAAAGCUUAUUACAUACAUAGAAUCAGGCGUAAAAAUAUAUUUCUCGGCAAAAUUCAAAAAUAAAAAUUUUGUAUGCAAGUCAAGUAUAAAUUUACCCGUCCUGCAUAUGUGGAUUUCAGAGAAUUUAGCUUCAAUCUUGGCACAAGGCAAUCUCGACUUAUGUAAAUAAGUAUAUUUUAUCAGAAUGACAUGGAUUGAGAGAGUUUCAACUACCGUACCUGAAAAAUAUGAGAAAAUUUAGACACGUUUCCAGAUGAAAUGACAAAAAAUUUUCUGCAAGAUGUGAAAAAUUUUCAUUGCAAAGAUAUUUUGUUAAAAAUUUCUGGACAGCGAACCGGACAUUUUCUGGCACUGCAUGGAAUAAAAUAAUAUGUCCUCCCUUGCUUUUUAAUCGCUUACUGGACUACUUGACAGUUAAUUUCACUUGCCUGUGUUAUAGGAGUACUCUACUAGUUCUACGAGAAGUGGUAUCGAAGAGCAAAUGGCCAAAAUGAAGAAGAUGAUCAAAUCCCCAUUGAGUAAACGAAAACAUGAAGGUGAGGCUUUGUAAAUAGCCUGUAUAUGCAGCCCUUGGUGCUGGAGUCAUUGGGGCUGGAGUCAUUGGGGCAGGGGGCAGCUAUUCCCGUUGCCCAAACAGUGUGAGGGAAGCAUGUUGACUUUUUUAACAAGAAUUACUCUUUGAAACUUGUGCGUUAUUUACAUGAAUUGAAAUUGAAUCUUGAAAAAGCUUGAUAUGACGUUUAAAUAUACAAAUGUAAACCAUGAACAGCCUAGCACUAGAACUUUAAGAUUAAGGUUGAAAGAUUAAGGUUGCUAUUUAUAGCACAAAUGUCGGACAAACAAACUGAAAUUGACUUUCAAAUGAAUGCAAAUGAACUAUAUUCUAUUGUUAAGCCCGCGAGAAUUGUGGUAAUAUUCGGACAAACUACACUGUCUUGUGACAUCAAUUCGAAUACAGGCUAUUUCAAACCCUGCCCCACCGCCCACCCAAGGAAAAAUAGUUACCCCUUCUUCCCAGAGAAUCUUGGCUCUGUACCGUAUUCUGUAAUCUAAAGCCGCUGAACUUUAUCAAUUUAAUAAUAAUUUCCUUACAUUUACAAUUUUCAAGGUAGUACAGGUCUCAAUACUACAAAGACGUUUGGUGUGCCUCUUGAUGAAUUGCUACAGAGGAACUCAGAGUCUGGCAGUGAAAUACCUUAUGUACUGGAAAGAAUUUCAGAGUAUAUUGUUUGUUAUGGUACGUUAGACAUUUGA